AUGCCCGCCUUCCGCCUCUUUGGCCGGCAGUGGUUCAUCUCCAGCGACGACCUGCCGCUGCUGGCGCCAUGGGGCGCGGCCUUCCACGGCAUCUGGGCGGGCGUGCUGCUGUGGGGGGCCUCCGUGGCGCGGCCGGCCGGCUGCGCGGAGGAGGUGGAGAUGAACGUGUGCAUCUACGGAGUACUGCUGAGCUUCGUGCUUACGGUGGUGUCGGAUGUGAUGCUGACGCUGGAGGGGCUGAAGGGUUCAAUCUUUGAGACAGAUCUACGCAAAAAUGUUGUGCCGCUGAUGUACUUCCACGUGGCAAACUUCGUUUUCAAAGUAGUGCUGACAGCAUAUGCCAGCAUCCUUGUCUUUGACGAGGACUCAGACUGCCUGAAAGAUGACCACCACCUGAGGCGUGCGAUGGAAUUCCUUAACAUAUCGACCUGGGUAGCCAUCGGGAUUGUUGCAGCCUUCUCACUCCUUGCCUACAGCAUAUUGCCCACCAAUACUGUGAUAGGUUGGAAGAAGAGGAUAAGGUGCCUCAAUCUGAUGUGCUGCAGUGGGCUCGCUAGAAGUAGUGACAUGGAGCGCAUUGAUGAUGACCCCUUGGCCCGUAUGGCAUGGGUCUUAGCCAGCUUCUUCAACCCCAUGGACUUCAGCCCAUCAGACCUCGUGGUGGCCAUGAUUCUGGCAGCCUACAGGCAGGAGUUCAUGCGGCGGGGGGCUGCGGACCCCCGCCACGUCGCCAAGGGCACCACAUGGCUCAACAUCCGAGAGACGAUGGACCGCCAGCCCGUGGUGCCACUCAUCAGCGUUGAGGGCAUCGGCGAGCAGCCGGACGCGGAGCGGGAGGCGCCCGGCGGCCUCCCCCCGCGGGCCUCCGACGAGGAUGUCCCCGCCUGCGACGACUGGCCGGGCUGCCCGCCGCUGUCCGGCAGGUCCUGGGCGGGCGGGGAGUACCCGCGGCGCAGGGCCUCAAGGCACACCGGACGGUCCGCGCUGUUCCGGCGCCAUUGCUCGGAGUACGAAGAUCAGGGGGUGGAGUUCAGCGGGCGGGCGCCCGUGGGCCUGCGAUCCAGCUGGUCGGAGAGCGAGGUGGGCAACGGUCCGGGAGGACUGCGGCCGUCGCCCAGGCACCCCGGUGGCGAUCCCCCCCCCUGGGCGCAUCUGGCGCUGCUCGGCCAUGCCGUGCGCCAGCGCCUGGGCGCCGCCCAAUUUCCCCGUGACGGCUCCUUCUCCCAGUGCCUCGAGGCUGACGGCAGGUCGCGGUCCUUCAGCGGGCGGGCGCCCAGCGCGGCCACCUCGGGCGGCUCCCACUCCCAGCGCACGCCCAGGGUGGGGGAGCACGAACCAGGGACGCAGUCCGGGCUGCCCGCCUCCGCCUCCCAGACCACCAAGUCGUCGUCCGCAAUCCUGACGCCCCCCCGCCUGCAGACCGUGGCCUCCAGCGCGUCCUUCGGCACGGCCAUCACCUGGGGCACCAGCUUCAGCGGCCCUUUCGUGACGCCCCCGCCGGGCCUGAACCCCGCCUCCGGCCGCGCGCCGGACGCCGUCCCCCUCGACGUCCUGGAGCGAGCCGCUCACUACCACCGAUACUCGGUGGCCGUCUAUGGCGCACUCCUGUACCUGGCGCACAACACACACGCCCGCAAGCCGCUCAACACCGCAUGGCGAUGCUGCGGCCUGUGCCUGCGCGCCGCGCCGCCGAACGGGCUGAGGCAGGGGCUCACCGCCACGCGCAGCUGGCUCUCGUCGCAGGAUUCGUCCCGUUCCUUUGGGCCAGGCGCGAUCCGCAACUCCCGCGUGGGGCUGCGCAAGCGCCUGGACGACCAGGCCCUGCUGCAGUACGGCCUGCAGGACGGCGACGUGCUGUGCCGCAGCCACGCCAACUCGCUGGCGGGCGACCUGCCCUACUUCGUGGCCGUGGACCGGCGCUACCGAGCGCUGGUGGUGUCGAUCCGGGGCACGCUGAGCCUUGCGGACCUGGUGACAGACUUUCUGAUCAAGCCGGAGCCUCUGCAGGCGGGCGAGCUGCAGGAGGUGGGGGAGCUACUGGAGAGCGUGGGGGGCAGCCCGCGGAAGGGGCGGGAGGGUGGGGAGGUGGUCAGCGUGCACAGCGGGAUGCUGCAGUGCGCGAGGGCGCUGGUGGGGGACCUGGAGAAGCAGGGCGUGUUGGAGUGCCUGAGAGCAGAGGACGCGACCGAGCGGGGCAACCAGCACCCCAAUCUUAACCUGGCCGGCUGGGGGCUGGUCAUCACCGGCCACAGCUUGGGCGCUGGCGUGGGCUCCCUGGUGGCCCUCCUGUUGCGACGCCGCUAUCCCAAUGUCACCUGCUGGGCCUUUUCGCCGCCCGGGGGCCUGAUGAGCCCUGUGCUUGCUGAAGCUUUGUCACCAUUGUGCACAUCUUUCGUCUAUGGCAAGGACUUGGUUCCCAGGCUGACGGUGGGGACUUUGGAGCGGCUCAGGGAUCAAAUGGUGCAGGCAGUUGUGCAGUGCCAACGCAGCAAAGCGAGCAUAUUGGUGGGCGGCUUGAUAGGUAAAAAAUGGGAGGAGGAACAACUGUUUGUCCCAGCUGAAGAUGUUCGGCCACAGGCUUUUGUGGCCUUUCAACGAUACAAGGCCAGUGUGGAGAGUGCAGCCGCCCUGGAUGGACUGGACCCAGCAAGAAAAUUCAUCCCCCCUGGGAGGGUCAUUUACCUGCGACCAUCCAAGUCUCAACGGGCGGAUGGCAAAGUGUCCCGCACCUACCAGGCUGUUUGGACGACAGGGCAGGAGCUGGUGAAUGAGGGCAUCCUCAUGUCACCACGGCUCAUGUACAACCACAUCCCAUUCAACUCGUACGACACCCUAUUGGAGAUCCUCCGUACAUUGCGGGAGGAGCAGCUGCAGCUGCACCAGCACGGGCAGGCCGACGACAUGGCAUAG